UGAACUGGCACCAGACCAUCCAGCGGGACCUUCAUAGGGUCAAUAGAGGCUGGAGCGACGUCAGGUCACUGACUGCUGACCGAUCUGCCUGGAGAGCGUUGACUGCCUCAUGCGUCGGACGACGCAGGAGCCCCUAAGUCUAAUUAAAUGCUCUAAUGACAACACAGUUAAGAAACCUGGCUCUGCUAACUUGAGUAAUUCAUCUCUAAUGCUCAACAUGGAGAAAGUACCAUAGAAACUCUAUUCACACUCGGUGAAGAGCGCCACCUUGCUGCAAUGUUUAAAAAUGAAUUCCAGGGCGGGGCCUUCGUGGAGGUCUUCAGCUGCCAGGGGAAGGAACCUCUUGCUAAGUGGAAACUCACUGGUUCAGCAUCAAUACACAAGGUCUUUGAGAAAGAAGCCAAGAGUUUCGUCCAUGUCUUGGAAGGAGCAGGUACCAGCACUAAGAUGCAGCUUCCCAAGGAUCCUAAACAAACAUUGGCUUUGGUUCAGCGAUUCCUGGUCGCCCAAGUGUACGUUUCUAUUGGCCAAGACUUCUCCAUUGAACUAAGUGUGAGCGACAUGGGCAACAACAAACGAAGACUUUUAUUCUCAACGGCUCAGAAGGAAAUUGCUGUGACCCCACUCCAUGCCAAGAUACCCCUUACUGUCAUGAAGAGGGCUAUGUGGCUGAAUUUGUGUAUCGACCUGGUGUCUCUGGUGAGUGAGGGUUUCCGCGGUCAGACGUUCAAGACAUUGGACGGCAUCAUCAUCUGCGCCAACUGUCACCUCCGUAAGAUCUUUACCAUGAAGACCCAGCCACAAGACGACACCGAUGAUGAUGAUCUGUACGACUGCAACCCUCCCACAAACAACGUAGAGGUGGACAGUAUACCAAGAGCUUGUCAAUUCAGCAACGACGUGGUAUGCCAGACGCAGAUCUUUACCAUGAAUAAACUCAGACAUGCUGAGUUCAAAGCCAAACCUGACAGCAGACCGUGCUCGUCCACUGAACCCAUGGACUUGAACUCUAGUCUGAAGGGACGUAAGGACAGACCGAUGCAUAUAGCAUUUGGAAGCAAGGUGCCAGUCCCAUCAGCGUCUGCUGGCAAGAAGCCGACCUCAGCUGGGAGUCAUAGAGAGGGUGGUGGUAGUGCAAGCAGUAGAAGCAGUAGAUCUUCACACUCAAGGGCACAGAAACAGGAUGGUGAUCCUUUGCCUAGUGACAGGAGUAUCUCGUCCAAGACAGAGGGUGACUCCCUGGUGCUACACGGCCGCCAGCGCCAGUCAUCUGACCCUGGCACCAAUGUAGGAGACCUCGAGGACAAAGUUGAUAAAGGUACACUGAAAGGAAGCAACACAUGGUCAGCAGGCUUAGAAAACAACAAAGACGACAACUUUGUCCAGCCCCACCCACCCCGUCAAAAAUCGGGAGAUAAAUCUCGACGCAUCGUCAAGGUCCGUCCAAACAGUGGGAAGAGAGAGAGAGGUGACAGUCUAUCCGCCGGCAGCGACACCAGCACAUCGGGAAGAAGCGGGUACGAUCGGAGUAGAUACGUUGACUCUGGCACCCACCGAAAAGACUCUGAGGAAUCGAGUGACGCCGAUAGGUCAGGUCGAAUGUCAGAUGCGGCCAUUUUGAAAUACGCCUCGUCACGGAUCAGACUGGAGGGGCAGUCUGAUAAAGAUGAGACAAAUAACAGGAGGUUGGAGAAAUCUUCUAAGGUAUCGGGUGAUGUGAGUAACUCUGGGAGACCCCGCGUGGAAAGUCUCUCCGAGAGCGAUGAUCUCGUCGGGCAUGAAGCCCAGAAGAGUCGUACGCAGAGGCGGAAGAAGAAAGGGGAGCGGCCCACAGUGAACCGGAUCGACAGCUUAUCGGAGAGCGAGGAGGUGCAGAGGCAGAGAGGGAUGCCGAAGAGUGGACGCAGAGAGAAGAAAGAUGGAGGGAUGUCUUCAAGGACUGAAAAAUCCUCUGAUGCCUCCACAGUUGAUUCAGGAAUCACAGACGUCAACUCCGUCCGAACGUCCAGAAGAGAAGAUGAAAAGCAGACCAACCCACCGGGUCAGGCUAAGCCUGGGCAGCCCAACACAUCCAGGCGUAAUAACAAACAAGCAAGGGCUGAGGUAGUCAGAGUCUCCAAUGAUCAGCAGAGAGAAGGAAAGAUUUAUACAUUCACAUCACCACCGAGAUCAGCACCUAUUAGACAGGUUGAGCGCAGCAGACAUCUUGAGCCUAAGAAACUACAGUUGCAGAAGAUCACCGAGUCCUCGUCUCAGUCUGCCACACCUGACGAGGAAGAUGCUGCUGAAGUCUCUACAUCGGGAUAUCGUGAUCGGUCAGACAGUGGGAAUAACCACCGUGAGAAUGGUGUAGACAGGAGGAGUAGAUACGAUGCUGCAAUCAGGGACACGCCCAGUCCCCGCCCAGUUCAUUCAUCCAACUCUUCAGGGGAUGACUCAGAUGCUCGUCGAGAUAACUUUGACUCGCCCAAACCCACAGCGAGUUUGUCCCCACAGCGGACAAGGAAAUCUCUCCUCACAACGAGCGCUCUAGAGUCUCACACAAGGGGGUCGUUAUCAGCUGUGUCACCAGUCAUGAGCUCGGUCUCCAGAUUGAGUAUUCAUUCCAAGAAACUCAAAGAAAUUCCAAAGGAUGACCCAAGACUGUCAGACGAUUAUGACUGGAGACGAUACCAGUCAAAUAACUCUUCUCUAGCCUCGUCCCUUGAGGCCAACAUGCUGGCUAGUCUCCACCGGCAGCAACUUGAAGAGAUGUACGAAGAAGAUGGAAGUGAUGGUCACCAGGCUAAUAACAGCUUUGAUAUCCAUAACUACGGUGACGAUGACCUGAGCAGCUCUAGUGAUGACACGGCAACGACCUACAGCACAUGGAAACCACCGGAUGCUCAUCGAGUACAUAGGUAUCAAGAUGAGAUGCAUUUCCCGUCCAGUAACAACAAUCCACUCAUGCAGUCCAAUCCAAGGGAUUGGUCCAACCUAUUCAGUCCGCCCAUCGUGCUUCCAAGUGAGAAGAUGAAGGCAGACCAAGAGGAAGCUGCUAUACUCUCACCAGGAAAAGACUUGCCACCAGUAUUAAGGACUGCUGUAGUCAGGACCAAGUCAACAAGCAGCGAUGAUCAUGGGAAAGUCACUGAGAGCGAAGAAGACGAGGAACUAGACUUACUCUACGAUCCUUGCCUCAACUGUUAUUUCGAUCCUAAAACUGGCAAAUACUAUGAGCUCAAAUGAAGAAGGUGCCAAGGUUUAAGAUUUUAGUUCACUGCGAAAAUCACCUCGCUUAAUGAUAAAACAGUUUACCAGCCAUAUUACAAUGUAAUUCAUGUGGCUGAAACUGGUGCCCCAUUAAGCCAAUGGAUUUUUUAGGUAACUAGGUGUGUUUUACCCAUACGACGAUGCGUGUUAAGCAUGGUAUGCUCAGUACUUUCCUAAGUACUUUGAAAAAAUAAAUCUGCAGGCAAAUUACUCAGGUGGGAUUCCAACCUAUGACCUUUGACCUAGAGCAAAUGUCUUACCACUAGACCACUGAGCUUGCCCGAUAACUAGAGACUGUUAAAAUCCUAUUUUAUCAACGGGUACUGCACCAAUUUUUUUAUACCGUAUUUUCCUGUGGAUAAGACGUGUGUGUGUUAUCUGACUUUUUGACCGCCUCUGCUAACGAUUGAAUUCUUUUGACGAUCACUGCGUGAAUUCUAACGUUUAUACAGUAAAAUAAUACCUUUAAUUUCUUCCAGGGUAAUUCUACUUCUUAAAAUUUGUCUUCAAAUAAAACCUGCAUCGUUAUGUUGGGUAGUUUUAACAAGCUUUGACAAAUCAUUGACGAAUGUAUCAAGGAACUUAAUCACUGCCAAGAUGCCCACUGGCACAUGUAAUAUUAAAAAUGUUGGGCGCAAACUUUGAAAAGAUUCACUCUUUUCUAAUUCACGCAAGCUGCCGUUUUUGUAUCGUGCAAACUUUGUAUUAAAUCCUAAAAUGCCCGCGCGAUCUUCAAAAAAACAACCCAUCUUUUAAGAUCGCGCAAAGCGCCCUCUAGAGUUUGCUGUCUGUUGUAGCUGUCUUCCUCCAUCAUGCACAUACAGUGUAUUUGUGAAAUGUUUGGACAAUAAAAUCAAUAAAACCAUGUUUUAGUAAACAUCUUAUGAUGUUUCUCUGACCCACAUCUGCAGGUCCACUUUCUGCGAAAUCUGGAUACAGUAUGACCAGCUCAAAGGCACCAAAAACACAACCUUUUGGACAUGACAAACUCGACUCUCUUGACAUAAGUCAUACCAAGAAUCUCUUUGCACACGUUAACCUGGUGCUCUCUACCACACACAUAGCAUUUCAAAGGUUUACUUAUCAUAGUGGUGAUGUUGUUGGACUUGACUUCCACCGGUCUUUUACCGUUUCGGUCCGUGGCAUUCCUGGACUUGGCCAUGUUCGUACCAAUUAUGGUCGAUGAUACUUCUUGAUCAGGAAGGCUAGCAGAUCACUGAAUUCUGGCUCCCUGUUCAGGCUAGUCAGUAUGUUGUGGGCCUUCUUCACCCAGGCAGUCUGAAGAUACUAAGGUAAUAAACCUUGCACCUUCAACAAAUUACGUGUACUGUUAAGAUCAUAAGUGUACCCAAGUGUAGUCGGAGUUACGUGGCAUUUCUUCAUGGCAGCGAUCAAGUCCCACAAUGCAUCAGCAUCGUUUGGUCUGACCGGUCAUUUAUUAGUGAGCUCGCACAUGAUGAGAGCAUUAAGGAUCAUAGGGCUGACCUAACUGCAUUUGUAGGAUUCGCUUCGCUUCUUCGUACCCAGCAUCGCCGAGCAAGUCGCAACAUUCAAUGCAGCUACGUGCUUUACCUUGACACAUUGUCUUCAUGUGCUGCAAGCGUGUGGCGUUGCAACUAACCUUGCACUCUAUAUUGAUUUCCAAAUUGGUAAUAAAAGAAAUAUUCAACGGGGUCACCAUUAAACUUAGCAUACUCAGUCUUAGGCAAUUCUAAAACCAACUUGAUUUUGUUGAAAUCACUCAACCUGUUGUUCUUACUACUAGUACAACUGACUACUUUUUCAUAACCAUUACCCGAGGCCGUAGCCUCCAAAGGAACCACUUCACCUUUAUCCCCAUUAUCUGAUGCCGUAGCUUUGUCUUGGACUAUUUCACCUUUAUCCCCAUUAUAUGAGGCCAUAGCUUUGUCUUGAACUAUUUCACUUUUAUUCACAUUAUUUGAGGCCUUGUCUUGCCAUGCCUUGUCUUGAACUACUCCACUUUCAUUCCCAUUGUCUGAGGCCGUAGCCUUGUCUUGAACUACUCCACUUUCAUUCCCAUUAUCUGUGGCCGUAGCCUUGUCUUGAACUAUUCCACCUUUAUCCACAUUAUCUAAGGCCGUAGCCUCUUUGAGAACUACUUCUUCACUCUUAAUCAUGUGGGACAAACCUGCUUGUCCAUCGAGACACUCUCUGUUUUGAGCCUCACACCGAGGAAGGUGGCCUGGACCCCCUCCAUCCACUGCUCCUCUUGCUCGUACUCAUCACCGUCUUUAAUUACUUCAGCGAAGUUUCGAUGAGCCGUCUCCACUGCCUCAAAUGCAGCAUUCACCUUCCCUAAGAGGUCUUCCACUGUUUCCUUGGAUUGUAUCCUGGUUGUCCGGAGCGAGUCUCCAGAGGUUGAUUGCUCGGGUCAUAUUACUCGCCUUCCCGAAGAAGUCUUCCACUGUUUCCUUGGAUUGUAUCCUGUUGUCCGGAGCGAGUCUCCAGAGGUUUAUUGCUCGGGUCAUUUUACCCUUACAAUUCCUUCUCAGUCUGGAUAAUUCUUUCUGCGAUGCCAUUCAUGAGUGGAAGAGUUCUUGGGAAAAGUUAUCCUUACAGCUCACUCGCUGAGAAAGCCUGGUUGAUUCACUCACUGUUACUGCUCUUGGGCUGUAUCAACGACACUCCUGACUGUGUUCUCGGGAAUUAGGGAAAUGCAGAAUGAUAAUAAAGACACUGUAAACUGUACAGACUACAAAUUCCAUCUUGUUCUUUCAUGACUUAGUGAGAUUGCAACGUGGCAAGAUCAAAAUAAUUAACUGACAUAAAAAUAUGGAAAUACGAACUAAUAUAACCAACAUUAAGCAACAACAACCUUAAACUCACCCAUUAACGGAUGCACCUGAAGACAAUGCAUUAAGGUACUUCAGACUCUCAAUUUUUUUUUUUUUUUACAAGAAAAACUGUUCUGCCACCAAGCACCAUGUGUACUCGCUGCUAUCGCAUAUAGGUUUAAGCGAUGAACGACAGAGGGCGCACUCACUGCCAAGAAGACCUAACGGGAUCCUUCUAGCGGAAAUGAAAACUUUGUGGUCUGUACAGAUUUACAUGGUUUGUCUUGUACGGGGGAGCGCCUUGUACCCUGGACUUUGAAUUUUUUUCUGUAAUUUUGAGCACUGUGUCUUGUCCACCGAGCGUCUUAUCCGCAGGAAAAUACGGUGAUGCUAAACUUGCAUUGGGGAAAAAGAAUAGUACUUUUAUUUUUACCCCUACACCGAUGUGUGUUAAGUGCUGUUUACUAUGUACUUUCCUGAUUCCUGUAUUAAAAAAGACAUCUUCUGCCUAGCAGUGUACCAAGUACUAGGAUUGAUCUUAAAGGCAGUGGACACUAUUGGUAAUUACUCAAAAUAAUUAUCAUCAUAAAACCUUUC